AUGAAGAGGAGACGGAGAAGUUUAGCUGCAGGCUUCGUCGUUGCACUCGCAGCAUUUGGAAGUCCCACUGUAGCAUCGUCAGACUCAUUCGGAAGGAAACUCCCUCCUCCUCCACCCCCUCUACGGCCGAAUCUUUCAAAGCAAGGCUUUCAAGAGGAUGGUGAAGGCUCAGAGCCAGUCGUAGAGAACUCAGCUAGAGUGUCGACAAAGAUAAUACCACCCCCGCCACCUAGACCACAACGAUUGAAUGUGAUACCGCCCCCAAGAAUACCACCACCUCCGCCGCGGUCGUUGCAAUCAAUACAGGCGUCACAAUCAAUACAGACGGUGAAUUCACAACAAGAUCAACGGCGAGAUCCUCCUCCUCCGCCACCACCACCAAAGCCAAUCAAGUCCAAAGUCAAAGAACACGUUAGAAUUUCUGAUGAUAAUAAUUCAGAACGGCAAACAAAAGAGGAAGCCGAAGUAAUCGAACAGGAGCAGGAGCCGGAGAUAGUAGAUAUCAAUGCAAAUCCGAACGAUAUUCUUGAAAGAUAUCCUCCUCCGCCACCCCCACCAAAGCCAAUCGAGUCCAAACUCAAAGAAGACGUUAGUAUUGCUGAUGAUAAUGAUUCAGAAUUUCAAAAAAAAGAUGAAGCCGAAGUAAUAGAACAGGAGCAGAAGCCGGAGAUAGUAGAUAUCAAUGCAAAUCCGAACGAUAUUCUUGAAAUAGAUGCAAUUUCAGAACCCGCUGAAGAAGCAAGUGAGCAAAGGAACAAGGAAUCGCCAAAAGAGAAUCAACAAACAUCAUCUAGCAAAGCUGAUGAAGUGACAUUAGGGCUUGAAAACCAACAAUCUGAAAGCGGUGAUUCGAUGAAGCAUCCCGAAAAUACUGAUCGAGAAGAUACGGCAUCUUUCAUCGCAUCGCGAAUAUCAUCAGAGCCGAAAACCACAACAGUCCAGAAUCAAGAGGAGUUUCAGAAUGAAAAAGAGCCCGAGCUUACUGUGCAGGGAGAUUCGCCGCCCAGAGCACUUGCCCCCAAGGCUGGUACGGGAUCUCCAUUCGUUAGGAGUCAGACUUCGUUUCAAAGGCUUGAGAGUGCUGAACCACAACCAAGGCCGCAGCAACAAGCAUUUACAAUGCCACUUACGCAUCAGCAUCCAACAAAACCUGCCAUACCCAAGCAGCCCAAUCGCUCUCAACAACAUCAGAUUCAGCAGGGUUCUUACAGACAGCAGGCCCCCAACCAACAGCGUCAGUAUCCUUCACGUGUACCUCCAACGCAUGUGCGAAGGCCGCCUCUGCGAACUUCAACUAGCGCACCAUCCACCUCGACCUUCUUCAAAACCAUAUUAGGGAGCGUCGAAAAAGGAUUGGACGAGCUGUCCAACGUGGAGGAGAAAAUUUCAAAACGAGCGCAAAAGCUUGUAUCGGAUGCUGCAUCUUCGUCGAGUGUGAGCAAUGUGGUUCAGUUUGCGACAAGAAGUUUGCCAUCAAGAUCCAGUAGUUCCGCUCACUCUACCCCGAAACGGGCGACAGGUUCGCCUUUCAAAACUUCGCGACCACCGGCGUCCUCAUCGGACAACAUGUCUCCAUUCACUCACCUUGGAAAGAAGUAUGAGGGUGUUACGACGGCAGCAAAAGAAUCAUCGAAACCAGCAGUGUCUCAACAGCUGUUUCGAGCAAAUGGUGGCGCGUCUGCCCCUGGUGGACAGACACCAAACCAACCAAUACCGAGCUUACCACUUGCAGCCAGCGGCUCUUUGGCGCCAUCAGCACAACCAGAACAAAGACAACAGCAGCAAAAUCAGUACUCCCAACCACCGAGCAAAGGGGUUAACCAAUCGACUCAAGGAAGUAUGCAAGGAAUACAAUCACCAUAUGGUGCCACUCCUCCAUACAAACAGAGCACUGAAUCGCAAUCAAAGCCAGAUCCGCACAGUCGGCAGUCUCGCAUUCCAUGGGAGGAAUCGAAAACAGGAACACCUCGGCCAAGCCAAACCCAAAUGCCAGUUAUGAACUCUUCAUUUGGAGAAGACGACGUUAGCUGGAAGGAGAAACUGAUGGGUGCUCUCCCUCGCCUACCGCGAUUGCCGAAUCCUGCAAAAUUAUUCCGCCAUCGAAAGAACAGAAACUAUCAAUACAACAUGGAUGCAUGGGACUAUGACGAUGAUGAUUCCAGGCGGGGUCUUUUUGGAUUUUUAAAGAAGAAAGCAUCUUCCAAGCUGGCUUCUCAUAGCCCCAUGCCACAGUUGCGCCCGUCUGGCACUGGACAUGGCGAAACCACGACGACACCAGUUGAUAGUCUAAUGUCACGAAGCGACGGGGCAAAGACGACGUCACUGCUUUCCACAUCUGACGAGACAAAAUGCCGGUCACUUGGAAGAUAUUAUGCCGCCUUUGACUUUGUUCAAGUGAUGUUCCUUAUUCUUGGUGUACAGCAAAUGCAAGGGUUUGAAUUGUUGACGAUCCCAAAGUCCCUUUUGGACUUCGUGUCCAUCACAAUCCCUACCUUUGUUGAAAUCAUUCGUGAUUCAACGGCAACGUGGGCACCUUUCUGGUUCGCUUAUGCGCUACUGACGAAGUUGUCUAGGAAUUUAGUGCUAGCAUCAAGAGUUGGUGAUCUGGAAUCAGAAGUUGCAUCUUCCGUUGAAGACGAUUCGAUGUAUGGCCAGCUGUACCUCCGCCUCGUUGCAGCAACCCCGAUAGAUACUAGACUACUUUCUCGAUUGAGCCAAGCUGCGCAAUCUGAAGUGAGGUGGAUGAUAUCGAAGGCACAAUUGAGUUCUUUCACAACUUUUGUUGCCGGUUUGCUCGUUUUCAUGACAGCUUCCGUGCUCCGUUCAGCAAUGAUGGUGGUCGGAAAGACAGCAUGGAGUCUUGUGAUGUUGCAAGAAUGGAGGUCAUGGCCAAUCGAUUGGAAUUCGUUGUGGAGUCAUCAUAAGACAAUCUUGCAGACCUCGUUUCGUUCCCUCGAGACGCUGUUCGCAAAUUUCGUGGUGAAGGUCUGCGAUAAGCCGUUAGAUGUGGCCUUCCACGCUUCGCUAUUUACUGCGUUGCUCCUUGUGACCUUGAUCCCCAAGGCGGAAAGCAAGAAAACAGUACCUGUAAUCGACGAUGAGGAAGACGAAAUGGAAAUAGCAAACGAAGGUCUUGAUCAAAUUUCAAGACUGGGAGCCUCCAGCGCAACUCGCUUGACCAUGCUUUCAGAGAACGGAUCUGUCGAGAAUGUGUUGGAACGCUGGCGAUCGUCGAAUGUACCAUCAGCUAUGCUGCCAUCAAACCUUCGACUUUCUCAGGUUAUUCGACAAAUGGGUUACGUGGUUUUGGCAGGACUGACUACCUUUGCGCCACUUCUGAUUCCGUUCUAUUUCGAGCAGGCUUCAUCGAGUUCUGGCCUCCACACGGGUCUUCAGUGGGACUCCAUGUUGGAUGUGUCAGUCAUUUUGAUCAGCGUCUUCAUGUUGGUCGCUAACGCAUUGAAGCAAUCUACAGUUUUGCAGGCAUCCCUCCCGUAUGUGAAGCCUUUCCUUUCAGACCUAUCGCAGACAAUGGAAGAAAUUGCUGCUUCAAACAAACAGCAGGUCGAUCUCAAGCAAUCGGCGUCCAUAUCUGCAAAUGCCGGAUUGGCCGUGAGAGACUUGUGGGCAGCACAUACCACAAAACGUGCAUGGGCUGUGCGUGGUGCGACCCUGGAGUGUCGAAACGGAGAGGUUCUCGCCAUACUGGGGGAUGAUAGUUCUGGUAAGACAAGACUACUGACAACAAUUGCGGAAUCACUCAUCAGUCCACCCAAGCGAUCUUGUACGUCGAAUAAAGUACGAGGGCUAGUUGCUAUUGGUGGAUUAGACGCGUCCAAGUGGGACAAGCCAUCGUUAAAACGCCGUCUGGGAAUUCUACUUUCGGAUGUUUGCACCCUCGGAGACACUGCGUCAAUCUUCUCUGGUUGGACCCUUGAAGAAAUUCUUGAGCCAGUCGACGGAGUUCAAUCAUCUCCACACGCACUCACGUCGAGUGAAAAGUCAGCAAUCCUAUUGGGGCUCAAAAUAACGGGCCUGUAUGGCACUCUCAUUAGAAGACUACCAUUCAAGAUGAAUACAGUUGUUACGGGAAAUGAAGAAGACUUGGGCAAAACAGCAGUCGAUCCAAGCACCACUUUCCUUUCUCCUGCCGAGUGGUCCAAGUUGCUGUUGGCAAAAGUCAUCGCACAAACAAUUGCCGAUAAUGACAACGUUCUCGCUUCUACUGACAAGAUUGAAAACAGUCUCAUGGGUUCCGUUCUCCUGCUUGACGACGUGACAGUGCUCUUAUCUGAAGUCGACGAAGCCAAAGUCAUUCGAGAAUUACGCCAAACUGGUGCUGCUACUGUAAUAUCAUCGAAUAAAUGGGCCACUGGACGAUUUGCCGACAGGAUUGCCAUUGUGAAAGAUGGAGCGAUUGUUGAAGUUGGGUCGCACAAUGACUUGAUUGCUCGGGGUCCCCAACAGAGUCUAUACGCUGCAAAGUGGCAUGCAAUGACCCUGGGGUAA